AUGAGCAUUCGAGAAGCUCCACUUCUGCUAGGUCGUGUUUGUAGCGAAUGGAGAUCUAUCACACUGUCAACUCCACGCCUUUGGGCAAGCCUUCACAUUCCAGCACCGGCACCACACUCCCUCUCUGAAUAUUUUGCAUCCAUUCUCAAAAUUGAAAAACAAUGCAAGGGGACAGAAGAAUGGAUUCGCCGCUCAGGACAGUGUCCUCUCUCUAUUUCCCUCCACACUCCAAGUCCCCAUUAUCGUUUCAAUAUGGCUGAAAUGCAACCUUUUGUGGAAGUUUCAAAGUGGAUACUCCCUUCUACCAAAAGAUGGAAGAAUUUUAGCUUCAAAGCGCCAACAGACUCGUCUCCUCAUUUCCAAAAGAUCGCGGAGGGAGAUGUUCCGAUGCUGGAAGCUCUUGGAAUUACCAUCGUACCCCGAACGAUUUACAUUUCAGGUCUCCUUUCGGCCCCAAAAUUGCGGAAGCUCUCGUUAACGCGUUUUAGAGAUAACCUUCUUUCCCUGCCAGUGCAUUGGUCACAGCUCACCCACCUUACAUUGGAUGCGGAGGGCUCUAGUAAACAAUUCUUGGGAAUGCCAAGCCCCCUCACGUACAGAGAAGUUAGCAAAGUGUUGAAGAACUGCUCACUACUCAGCAUGUCUGGGACCAGGCUGAAGCCCAAAAGUCAGGCGGCUCCGCCACAAAAAGGUAAAGUGACGACCACUCGACAAAAUCGACCAGCCGACACAGAAGUACAGGAACGUGGAAAGACGAGAGCCACCGGGUCGGUGGAGACAGACGAAUACGAGCACGAAAUCGGCGACUCAGAUAAAGGGAGAUCUUUCCUCGAAGGAAGGCUGCUCAUGGUUCCGGCGGGGGCACUGCUCACUUUGGGUGCACUCGCCACAACGCUCUUCCAGAUCGCGGCCAUGCCAGGCGUUGCCCUCCCUGUGGUUAACGCAGUAUGCACGGUCGCUUUUCUGCUAAGGGACGUCGAACUGGAAGUAGUGGCAGAAGACAUCAGGGAUAUCGCCAUUGCCCAGUACAACGAAUUGACCAACGACUUGAAGGAUUUCACGGAGGGGCUCAGGGUGAAGGUUAUGGAGGAGUUGGAGAAGAAGACGGAGGUGUUGAAAGAAAAGACAGUGGAACUAGCAGAGGUGGUCGAAAAAGUGGCACAACAGGGACACGUUGACAAGGACGGCCUCUGGAGCCCCAAUGGAUGCCAAUCCUUGUCUAGCUGCAAAGGAGAACAUCAGGCAAUGACAAUCUCUAAUCGACCUACCCAAGGGAUCAAGCCUCAGCAAUUGCGCCAAUCCGGUUCUGGUGGGUUGGCUUUGAAGCUACAAAACGGCGGUAUACUGGUAGAGAUGGUCACAGAUGACGGCGCGGCCUGGCUGGCCUCCAAGGCCAACGCAGAGGCCUUCCUGCAGGAGCUCGGUGAAAAGGAGGCCUCUUUCAAGACGAGGUCGUUCAACGUCAUCGCCUACUACGUGCCGCUGAACCUGGAUGAUAACAGUGAGAAGGACAGGGGGGAGAUCGAAGAGAUGAACAACAUACCAAAGGGCACAUUGACGAAACUAAGGUGGAUCAAGCCCCCAGCACGUAGACGACCAGACCAAUGUUUCGCCCAUGUAAUUGCCACAUUCUCAGACGCGGAAUCGGCCAACCGGGCGAUAGUCAACGGUCUGUCGAUAUGUCACAAGAGGGUAUCAGUAGUGAAGUGCAAGAAGGAGCCCAUAAGGUGCCUCAAGUGUCAAGGCUGGGACCAUGUCGCUCUGGAAUGCGUCAUCGCAAAGGAGGUGAAUGUGUGCGGUACAUGUGGGGGGGAUCAUUGGACGAGACAGACUCUCACACAAGCUGGGACCGCGGCUGUCCGACCUUCCUCCGGAAAAUAG